ACAGAACGAGUAGUAAUUCCAUCUCGUAGCAGGGUGUUAGUAGACCUUGGCUAGGUAGCGUUGCCUGACCUCGCUUCCCCACCACCGGCCAGACCGGAGGGCACGCUAAAUGCCAGGCGGCCGCCGUCUGGAGUGGGUGCUAAUCACGGGUCAACGAGCGAUGAUCAACUUCCUUCAUCCCUGUCAUCUCGGGAUAUCUGCCAGGGGGGCGAAAACAGCAUCCAUGACCAAAGAGAAGAGAAAGAUCAAGAAAAAAGGUGCGAGUGCUCAAGAUGGGAUUCUUAUUAAAGGUGGGAAUGAGCACCUUGAGAGCAUGAGCACCUUGGUGGCACUCACGUGUCCGGCUAUCACUCAAGGUCCUCAGGCUGCUCGGCCACUCUGUUCCUACACUUUUGGCGGCCUGAGUCGCCCCGGUGUGUCUGUCUCUAGCGACCAGAGUCCGUCGCCGUCGUUGACUAGUGCAGGUUCUACUCUACUGCUUACCCACCAUGAGACCCUUGCACGUAUCACGAUCGAGCUCGACACCAACAAUGAAUUCGUGGGCAUGGAGGUCAGGCAGCGGGCUGAGACCUUGCCCCCACCCAUAGAAUGAGGCCUAUUGCAGCUUACGAGGGCCGAGAGCACUGUGCGCGGUCAUUUCUUUUUCUCCUAGUCAGAGAAGCCAGCCCACUUGCGAAUU